AGUUCGAUUUUAGCAGCCGUCUUAAGAGAACGUACGUCGUGUGUUUUUGCGGUAUUUUUUUUAUAUACGGUGUUUUUUAACAAAUCUUUUCAUUAAAACUUAUAAAAAAGUAAUAAAUUUUUUACAAAUCUUAUAUAGAAACAAAAAAAAAAAUAAUUAAAUAGAAAAAAGGAAGCAAGAAUUAAACAAAAUAAUAAAAGAAACCAGUGAAAUUACUAAAAAAAGAAAUCAAUUAUAAAUUUGCUGUUUAAAAUCCACAAAAAAAUUAACUAAAUAUUUACUCAUUGAUUAAGGAAAUAAAGCAAAAAAUAAUUAACAAAUCAAAAAAGUGUUUAAAGUACAAAAAAAUCACAGUGAAUUGAUACAAAAAAACAACAACAACAUACAAUCAGCUACAUACACUCUUCAUACUUAAAAAUAAAUUAAUAAUAAAUAAAAGAAAAACAGACAAAAAAUAAAGAAAUGGGCAAAUUACUGAGUUUAUUGGCACGUGAUGACUCAAACUGUUGCACAGCCAAGUCCUACGAUGUCUUUUUGGAUUUUGAAAAUGCAGCACCCACGGAAACAGAACGUGAAAUAUAUGAAGAGGUAGAGCGAGUACUCAAAGAAUCAGAAGCUGUAUUAGAAGAGAUACAAGUAUAUAAGGGUGCUGGUAAAGAAAUUCGCGAAGCCAUUGCAGAUCCCUCGCUACAGGAAAAAGCCUGGUCUGCCGUCCUGCCUUUAGUUAUAAAAUUAAAACGUUGUUAUGAACAUUCACUGGAAUUAGAGAAAAUUGUACCAAAACUGCUGGGUCAGUUGGUGGGCGGUAAAUUAAAUCCUACACAACAUUUAGAAACACAACAGGCUCUGGUUAAACAGUUGGCCGAGAUUUUAGAAUUUGUUUUAAAAUUCGAUGAACAUAAGGUGAGUUUUUGACAAAAAAAUUUAAUAUUUAA